UUUUUACUGUUACAUUAGCUGAAAGUUUUACUGCAUUUACGUCACUCAUGCAUUUGAGGAAAAGCCCUGCCACACGCCCCACUUUUAAAAUGAAUGUUUUUAAUGUUACCUUGAACCGAUUUCUGCAUUCUUGUCACUGGUUAAUACACAUUCUUCUGUUCACAUCAGCUGUUCUGAUUUGUUCAGGUGACGUUUCACAUGAGAAUCUACCACUGCAACAUCAACAGUCAGGGUGUGAUCUGUCUGGACAUCCUGAAGGACAACUGGAGCCCGGCGCUCACCAUCUCCAAAGUGCUGCUGUCCAUCUGCUCUCUGCUCACAGACUGUAACCCUGAUCGGGAUGUCGGAUGAGGACUCGCGUGCCAGCUCUGGGUCAUCCUCCUCUUCCUCCAGCCAUCAGCAGCAGGACAGAGACACCGCUGGGAAAAAGAGAGACAGUAAAGCCAACAUGAGCAAGACCUCCAAACUCCUGUCCACCAGCGCCAAGAGGAUUCAGAAAGAGCUGGCUGACAUCAUGUUGGACCCGCCACCAAACUGCAGUGCUGGUCCUAAAGGAGACAACAUCUACGAGUGGAGGUCCACUAUCCUGGGUCCUCCAGGUUCAGUGUAUGAGGGAGGCGUGUUCUUCCUGGACAUCACUUUCACACCAGACUACCCCUUCAAACCCCCCAAGGUGACGUUUCGCACGAGGAUCUACCACUGCAACAUCAACAGUCAGGGUGUGAUCUGUCUGGACAUCCUGAAGGACAACUGGAGCCCGGCGCUCACCAUCUCCAAAGUGCUGCUGUCCAUCUGCUCUCUGCUCACAGACUGUAACCCUGCUGAUCCUCUGGUAGGAAGCAUCGCCACGCAGUACACAACCAACAGACCUGAGCACGACAGGAUAGCCAAACAGUGGACCAAACGCUACGCCACAUAGUGUCCUCUGACCGCCUGUCGGACAUCGGGGGGGGGACCAUAGGGUAGAGAUAGAGGGUGGAUUUUAUGAUGGAGUUAAUGUUUCUUACCCUGCAUUGUUUUUCGUUUGUGUUUUGUUUUUUUCUCCCUGGCUCAAGUAGCAUCAUGAUUUGACAAAAAUGUAUCUUAAUGUGUGUCGUCUUUGCCUUCCUGUUGUAAAUUGGUUUUAUUUGUCAAAUGAAGUCACAGCAUGAGCCUAAAGCCAUGUAUGUAUUUUCCACCAAUAUUAAACUAGACUUUGGUGAACAGAGUUGUUCGGUAUCUUUCAGUGCAAGCAUUCAGAGGGAAACACUGAUGGUAUAUUUCUGUCAGGAACAUCUCUGCGGUAAUAGUGCAUCUGGAAAUAUAUUAAGGAUGGUUAAGAAUUUUCUGCAUGGUGAAAUCUCAUUUUUAUUAUAGUAAUGCAAAUAAAAAUCAAGAUUUUAUACAUUA